AAGCCCAUCUCAUUAGCCGCCCAAUCCCUUCCUGCUUCGCAGACAACUAACGCGAGGCGCAGAAGAAGCUGGAGACGAAGCCUACUGCCGAAACCCAAUCGGAAAGAGAGUGCCGACUGCUGAGAACGCCGCCGGUAGAGGGACGCCGCUGCAGCCUCCAGCCUGUAAUACAGUUCAAAUCUUGAAAGGAAGUGAUAUUCCAAUCACCUGUAGAGAAUGCCUAUGGAUAUGGAUGUUGAAAAAGCAGCAAAGCGGAUACAGGUGCGGUUCGUAACGAAGCUGCAGCCUCCAUUCAAGGUCCCUCCUACUGCCAUAGCCAUUCCAUCAGACCUCACCCGUUUUGGUCUCUCUACCAUUGUCAACAACCUUCUUAAAUCUGGAAAUGAUGAUUGGAAAUCCGAGCCUUUCGAUUUUAUCAUUGGUGGAGAAUUCAUUAGGAUGUCACUCGAAGAGUUCCUCCUUGCAAAGAACAUUUCUGCCGAAAAAAUAUUAGAUAUUGAAUACAUUAAGGCCGUGGCCCCAAGGAAAGAAGAAGAACCUUCUUUGCAUGAUGAUUGGGUUAGUGCUGUUGAUGGCUCAAAUCCCAAGUUCAUUCUAACGGGAUGUUAUGACGGUCUGGGAAGGUUAUGGAAAGCUGCUGGAUCUUGUAGUCAUAUAUUGGAAGGGCAUACUGGUGCAGUGAUGGCUGUUUGUGUUGUCAAGCCCAAAGGAGCUGUAGAUGGCACUGAUGAACUGGUGGCAACCGCUUCAAAAGACAGAACUGUGAGAUUUUGGAAGGUUGAUGCAGAGGAUUUCUUGGAACAACCAAAGAGGAUUAGAUCCUGUAAGGUGUUACGCGGGCAUAAUGCUUCUGUCCAGACCAUAUCAGCUGAUCCCUCUGGGGAAAUGUUGUGUUCAGGUUCUUGGGACUGCAUGAUAAAUUUGUGGCAGGCAAAUGAUUUGAAUGCAUCUGGUGAUACAGUAACCUUUAAGAAAAGAAAAAAAGGUGGUAAAGAAAAUGAUGCUCAAACAGAGGGGGAGGCAGUAUCUACACUCGUUGGUCACACACAAAGCAUAUCCUCUGUGGUGUGGCCACAAAAUGAAACGAUAUAUUCAGCAUCUUGGGACCGUUCUAUUAGAAGGUGGGAUGUUGAGACAGGCAAAGAUACUCUGAACAUGUCUUUUGGGAGAGCCUUUAACUGCCUUCAUGUUGGAGGCGAAAGUUCGGCCCUUAUUGCUGCCGGAUGCUCUGAUCCUGUAUUAAGGAUAUGGGAUCCUCGGAAACCAGAUUCGUCCGCCCCUAUCUUCCAGUUCUCAUCACACAGUUCCUGGAUCUCUGCCUGCAAAUGGCAUGAUAAAUCCUUGUUUCACUUGGCCUCUGCAUCGUAUGACGGAAAAGUUAUGUUAUGGGAUUUGAGAACAGCGUGGCCACUAACUGUCAUUGACUCCCACAAGGACAAGGUAUUAUGUGCUGACUGGUGGAGGGGGGAUAGCAUUAUAAGUGGCGGAGCGGACGCGAAGCUCUGCAUAUCUUCAGAACUUUCAGUGCGGCAGUGACCGAGUAUGCUGUGAAAUUCUGCAGAGAACUAUUUAUCGCCUUUUUGUCUCUCUUCCAGGUGACAAUGGUAAGGCGCUUCAUCCGCUUAACUCUUUUCAUCGAACACGCGCAGAAGAACCCUUAGUUUAUGUUGUGUUUUUCUCCAUUUUUUUCUUUUCAAAAUCGAAAUUCAUAUCGGCCAAAUGGUCUAAAACAUGAAUGGAGAUAAUUUUGGUUAUNCAUUUGGCAGAGAAUCUGAGGCCUGAGGGUGUGAACAAUUCAACAUAAUUGUGCCAUU